GUACCAUGAUAGCAUAAGAAUUGCGACUGGCCUGCGAGCCAGUAAUAAACGAGUUACCAAGUUAACCGGUCGUAUCAUUUGCUCCGUCUAUUACACUGGCGAACGAGUGUGUGAUUACCCGCGUUAUAAAAUAUUAACAGUUAUGUCUUUUUUGGGAAAUAUUUCCGUUUUCGACCAUAAAUCCGGCGAGUGGUCGAUAUUUAAAGGUCGAUUAACGCAGUUUUUCAAAAUAAAUGAUGUAAAAGUUGCAAAUAAAAGUGCAGUGUUGAUAACGCACCUAUCGGAUGAAACCUACAGGUUAUUACGUAACCUAGUUUAUCCAAAGGACAUAGACGGUUUGAGUUACGACGACCUAGUUCAAGUACUCGAUGCUCAUUUUAAACCCAAGCAGUGCUCAUUCGCGGAUAAGGCCAAGUUCUACGGGGCCACAAGGAACCCAGGUGAAUCCCUCGGAGAAUGGGCGGCACGUCUCAGGGGCCUAGCGAGCUUCUGUAACUUCGGUACCGCCCUGGAGUCAACGCUUCUGGAUCGCUUCGUUCUCGGACUGGGAAUGGGGCCAGAACGUGAUAGGCUCUUCGAGCAAGAUUCAUCGGACUUGACGUUCGCGAAGGCGCUGGAGAUCGCGGAACGGGCAGAGUGUGCUAGAGAGGCAAAGGCGUUGGUGACCAAUGGAGCCGGCGUGGUGAUCCAGCAGGAGCCGGUAUACCGCGUGGCGAGCGAGCGCGGGGGCGCGCCCCGCCGCCCGCCGCCGCGCGCCGCCCCUGCAGCCGCCGCCCCCGGGGACCAGCGCGACCAACAUGUCUCUCGAUGUUCUGUGUGUGGGUUGAAAAACCAUAGUGAACUAAAGUGCCGAUUUAAGUCAUUUAAGUGCCAAAAAUGUGGAGUGAAAGGUCACUUGCGUAAAAUGUGCAAAUUACGGGUAAAUAACAUAGAAACCGAGGAGAAUGAUUCUACCUGUGAGGACUGUAAGGAAUGCAGCUUAUUUAACAUGAGGUAUGAGAAUUAUGAACCCAUAACUUUACCUGUUAAAAUAAAUAAUGAACAAUAUUGCAUGGAAAUAGAUUCUGGUUCUGGUAUUUCGGUCAUGUCACAUAGUUUUUACAGUGAAAACUUUGAGGGAAAUAACUUAAACCCAUGCUCAAUUAGAAUGUGUUUUUACAAUGGUCACAAACUUACCCCACUUGGAUAUUUUUGUCAAACUGUUACGUAUAAUAAUAUGUCAAAACCAAUCAAAUUCUAUGUCAUUGAAAAUGGAGGCCCCCCACUUUUAGGUAGGGAUUUUAUGGCAAAAUUUGGUGUAAGUUUUAUAUCAAUUAAUAACAAUAACAUCAUUGUAAACCAGUCUGAUAAUGAAAUUCAUAAAUUUAUGACCGCAUAUCCUGGCUUGUGGAGCGACGGCUUAGACGCGCCGUGGACUUGGUCUGACCGCGAGGAGCAAGCGUUCCAGCGCAUUAAGCGGGAGCUGGCUUCAGACAGAGUGCUGACUCACUUCGACCCGGAGGCGCGGCUAACGCUGUGCGUAGACGCGAGUCCCACGGGCCUCGGCGCCUACCUUGCGCAGGGGGAGGAGGGCCACGAGCGCCCGCUCGCUUUCGCUUCCAGAACUCGGAUGAUCCACGAGCUGCAUAAAGGUCAUUUAGGCGUGGUUAAAACCAAGAGCUUAGCGCGUACAAAGAUGUGGUGGCCCGGCAUCGACGGCGACAUACAGCGCAGCGUGCUGGCCUGCAGCACGUGCAGCGCGCUGCGCCCCGCGCCCCCCGCCGCGCCGCCCGCGCCCUGGCCGCGCGACCCCGCGCCCUGGACCCGUCUGCACAUUGACUACAUGCAGUUCGCUCAGAGAUUCUACCUCAUUGUUGUAGACAGCCAUAGCAAAUGGGUUGAAUGUUUACACAUGUCAUCAGUAAAUCCUGAAAUGGCCUUAGAGACAUCGGGACCUCCAACAGCUCCGCCAAAUUUAGAUAAUGAGUCAUCAGUUGAUGAGUUUCACGAAUGUGACUCGGAGGUUGUUGCCGGCCCUAGAUUAGAGUCGCCCGCGACGCCGUAG